GCAACCCGUUGGUAGGAGUUAGUCUGUUGUGAGCUUUUGAACGGUGCGGAUCAUCUCUUCGAACAUAGGGAGAUCUUCUGGACUCGGUGUGUUGCAUUUGUAGCCCAGACGCGGGGUGAUUUCCAACGGGACUUGAAGGCCCCACCAGGAGCUGGCCUUGAUCUUUUCGGUGUGUGCCAACGUAGAAAACUAGUGCCUGUACGAUUGGUUCGUAGAAGGAAAAGUGACAAAUUUGUGAGGGUCCCUGAGGCGGCCGACGUGAAAAGUGAAAUUUUGAAUUCCGGAUAAAGAAUGUGAAUUGUCGCAGUAAUUCUUUGGGAACGUGAAAGCUGGAAAGUGAUAGUGGCAGUGUGUUGAAACGAGUGUGGUUUGGCUUCAGUGCUGCUGCAACGAAGAACCAGGUUGACCAGUGAAGCACUAAUUGCGGGAUUAACAAACGUUUCCCAGAAGAACUGGAGUAGGACGGACCAGUGGAGAACCGUUAAGAUGUUGUCGAGACGAGAGUUUAUCGUGGCAGCUGGAGCAAUUGCGAUAUGCUGUCUCAUUUCCAGCGUGGAUGCUCUUCAGGGGUACUACGGGACCAAGAUCGGCGAUCUUAGCCAGCUGCAGCACGGUGUGUCCGGAACGGUCUACGCGGUAGAUGCCCGGACAUUGUUCCUGAAAAACUUCAACUACGAUGGUGAAGGUCCGGCUGCCUACUUCUACGUCGGAAAUACACGGGCUCCGAGCAAUAAAGGUGCUCAUCGAUUGCGGGAUGAACGAGGACGCGCUGGUGUUCUGAGAAAGUAUCGCAACGAGGACAUCACGUUGUCACUUCCAGAGGGGAAAACUUUGCGCGAUAUUCGAUGGUUUUCGGUGUGGUGUGACGAUUUCAGCGUAAACUUCGGCGAUGUGGUCAUCCGGAACGAUUUGGAUUUUCCAAGACCGACCAAGAUUGGACAACUUGGUGGAAUACAUGACGUAAGUUCGGAUAGCAUUGUGAUUGUAGAUGCUCAAACACUGCUGAUUCCGAACUUCAACUAUGAUGGUGAGGCACCCGAUGCCAAGUUCUGGGUCGGUCGUGGACCGAAGCCCAGUCCCCAAGGUAUCCGUAUUCCGGAUGAGAACGGUAAGGAAACUCCACUGCGGCGUUACGAUAAAAAGACCAUCGUGCUGACCCUGCCGGGAGACCUGACCGUGUUCGAUAUUGGCCAUUUUGGCGUUUGGUGCGAGGCAUUCACCGUCGACUUUGGACACGUGCGCAUUCCGGAUCAGAUAAAUGUGCCACCGUCGCUGAAGAUGCUGGGCAUCAGCCCACAGUCAAAACUGAACUGCGAAGUACUUCUGGAUGACCUGGCCUUCGAGGUGCGGUGGGCCGUCGCCGGCGAGAGCAUCGUCAUUCAGCUGGUGGCCAAAUUGGAGGAUGGCGAGUACAUGUCGUUUGGUAUUUCUCCGGAUACCGCCAAGAGCAUCAUGGUUGGAGCCGACGCGGCUGUUGUGUGGGUUGACAAAGCUACCGGAAAGGGUUACGCCCAGGAUUACUACUUGGAUGCUAAAUCCCAGUGCUCUGGAUCACGAGGAAGUUGUCCCGAUACCCGAAUCAAUGAAAACAGUAAUUCCAUCCGUUUGUUGAAUGCUGCCAUGGUCAAUGGUUAUUCGAUCGUAACCUACCAGCGGCCACUGCGUGCCACGGAUCAUCUCGAUCUUCCGAUAUUUACCAACGGAUCACAGGCAAUCGUUUGGGCCAUCGGACCACUGAAUCAGCGGUAUGAGGUGUCCUACCAUUCACAGUUUCUGAAGAACAACCGGCUGGUCGACUUUGGUCGUCAACCAUACUGGAACUGUCCGACACCGGAAUCGGACCAGCAGAAAGUUCAGGAAAAUCCAUCGAAUCAGCAAAGUUCGGAACCCAAUCGGCGUGCUGAUGCCAUGCAACGACCCAAGGCACCGGCAACAGCUCGACCUCCCGCAAAACCGGGUGCUUGGGAUAUUCCACCGAUUCAAUGCGACGAACCGGACGACGGUGUCUUCUAUGCUCAGAUGGGGCCGACUGGUGGCAAGCAGGGAUAUUCAGCGAUUACGGGGCACGUUGGUUGGGGAGUUUCGUGGUACAUCAACGGACUGCUGAUUCCGGAAAUCAAUGUUGUGCGUGGUAAAACCUAUACAUUUGUGACGGAAGCUGGACAGGAUCCAGAGGUUCCGGCCAAGUACCAUCCGUUUUAUAUCACCGAUGAUCCUGUCGGUGGAUACCAUCAUCAGGAGGAGGAUGUCAGAAAGAACAUCACAAUCUUUGCCGGAGUUCAACAGGAUCGCAACGGACAACUGAUUCCGACCGGUGUAGGUCGUUUCUGUAAUUGGGUUCCAAAUCCGGAGGGGCCACCAGCCGAUUCGUAUCCAUCGUUCGGAGCAUACCAGCGAAGUCUUACGUUGAAGUGUGAUCCUGGAGAACCCGGAUUCAUCAGUUGGACACCAGAUGCCAACACUCCGGACACUGUGUACUAUCAAUGUUUCACUCAUCGAUACCUGGGGUGGCGCAUUAAUGUGCAUGAUUCGUGUGACAUUGGGGCAGCGAGUGAAAUCGACGAGGUGUAUGUCGAACCAAACGAUGAAGGAAUUAAUGCGGAACCUUCGAUUCGGCACGAAUCGAAACUACUCCCAUCGGACACCUUCCUUCAACAACACGAAAACUUUAUUCAGCAAAAUGAGAAAGAUCUUAUCAAGAAUCACAAGAUGAACACGGAACAACCGAAAGACGAUUCGAAACUGGAUUUGGAAAACGAUCCAGAAAUGACCAAAAUCAUUGAAGAAGGCAUUCGCGCGGCAGAAGAUCUCGAGGCAAAGUUGAAGAACAAUCAAACCUAUGGUAACUACAGCGCAAACAAUCCACCUCCAUUGCAAAGCGAGAUCGUUCACUCUGGUAAACCGAUUCUAUCCUCAUCCGGUAUACCGGUUUAUCUACGUCCUCCGAACAGUGGACCCAUGUUUCGUCCGGUGAAGUUACCAAUGCGUCGACCGAUAGCUGUGGAAAGACGUCCGAUCGCCGGGCGCCCGAAUCGUCCCUACAACAUCCCACAACCAUCCAUGAUCAUUAGCCAUUAUCAGAAACCGAUGAGUCCACUUAUGCGACCGUUCAUGGCAAAACCAAAACUACCGAUGAAAGCCAUUGCUCCAAUCCUGCUACUAGGAGAACCUACGGAAAUUAAACCAUUCCGGAAAGUUCCACCACCGCAACCCAUGGAAAUGAUGAUUAUUAAACCGACAAAAACUGUGCCCUACAUGGUUCCGGAAAUGUCUCCACACCUCAGCAUGGGGUUGAAAAUGGCAGAACAAAAUCCGAUCACACUUCCGGUUCGGUACACUAGGCGACCGAUCAUGAAAGAACCUCUGAACAUCAAACCAAUGUUCAAAGUACCCUACGAUAUCCAUGAAAACAAAACUCCGGUAGAUCCUCAGCCGAGUACGGGGUUUGAGCCCAGCUCGGUUGUGGUGGAGAGUGGUUUUAAACCAAUUUACCGUCGAACCGGCGAGAUAAACGCCGAGUUCGAUGACCAGAUGCGACACCACGGGAACACGAUUCAGCGUCGACAGGACUACGACAUCGACGAAGCCAUCGAAAGUGAUGCACUGAUGAUCGGAAGUGGGGAACCCCAGCGGCAAGCAUUUGAACCGAUGUUUAUUCCUUCGCCGUUGGACAGCAUGGCAAUGGCACAGAAGUCGAGCGAAGUAGGCGUUCUGAGAGAGUCGGAUGGAAAACACGAACAUUUGAGUGGAGAUUUGAAGCAAAUGAAUGUGGAAGUAGGCGAGGACAAAAUGGCGAUGGCUGAUGAUCGUGUUGAUUCUUUCUACUUACCACCAGAAACGCAAAACGUCGUCAAGAUUUACCCCGAAGGUACCGUUGUAUCGUACGAUGGUAAAGCAGUGCUCGAUGUUUCGUUGUUGAAUUCUCCCAGUAACGUACGGCAGGAAGCCGUUAAACCAGUGUCGAAAACGGAACAGUUUAUUCGGGAUAAUCCUCAAUUUGGACCGUUCCGCGGAGAUAUUCCACCCAUCUCCGAUUACGUAGCACCGGAUCUACAUCCGAUUUACGGUAUGCAUGGAGCGAAUCCGGUGCAACCUCCUGUUUCCGAAUAUGCCAACCCUUUGGUCCCCGGUGGAAUAAAUGCACAGGAUAGCAGCAAAGAUCUGAGCGUGAAACCGAUCUCCACGAAACUGUCGAUUAUAAAACCGGUUGAAGAACAGCCUGAACCGUCCCGAAAGAAACGUGACGCCCACCAUCAUCCGGAUCACAAUGGGGACGAGCUUGAGGAUGGCGGAAAUCAGCAGCAAAAAACUAGCGGUGCUUCUGUGGUAGCUAUCAUAAAAUUUCUACUAUGUAUCGUUACUCCUCUAACACUCUUCCGAAGAUCGCUUUGAACGUUUUUUGAAGGCGUAUCUUUAUCUACAUUGUUACGGUUUAAGUAUUAUUAGAUAAGUUUUAUUUAAUGCAAAAAUGCGAUAGUUUCAAAAAUGAACGGAAAUUACACUGUACAUAAUCGGACAAACCCCUGACACGGUUUUCCACCUAGAUCUUAA